GUGUGUGUGAAUGUAUAUAUAUAUGUGCAUAUGCAUGUAUGAAUGUAUGUUUGUAUGUAUGGAUGUAAAGUGGCAUUAAAAGUCUCUGUUGUUGGAAUAUAACUGUAAAUGCUAUGAAGGUAAUUGCCUUCGGACUCGGCUCGAUACUGUUCCUAGUGGACACGUGUAAGCAGAGUGGUCAUGAAGACAGGGUCUACUUUAGGUGGUGUCUACCCACACUGGGAUUAACUGUCUUGGCUUUCAGCACUCCCUGAAUUCCACUCCGCCUUUCCCUUUUUUCCUCGCAGCUCUCUCUCUCUCUCUCUCUCUCUCCCUCCCUCCCUCUCUCCCACUCGCUCUCUCUCUUUCAGGACUUCCCAGUGACUUUGCAAGGCUGCAUUCAGUCCACAACCAAGUCUCAAUAAGUUUCGGAGCGCACGGUUGGAACAGAAAAGAGUGCAUAGUCUCCACAAACAAUAGUGAAACCGUGCAAAGGGAUCGUUUACUACACCUGUUGAUGAAGUCCCGACGGCUGCAGGACGCAAAGGAGCAGUCGGUUCACUUCACCGGGAAGAAAAGCCUGUAAAAGGUGCAGACAACACACCGCUCCAGUGGGCAGGAGGAGUGAAGGGACCUCGCUUUUUUUCUCCCUUUUUACCCAGCAUUUGCAGCCUGUGCUGGGUCGGUGGAAAAAUGGGCACCUCGACCGCUGCGACCUGUGGACUUAUCCUGACUUUGUUACUCACAUGCCAGCUGCUGACUGUGACUCAGGCGUCCAAGGUGUGGGGAGAGGUUCCCCUUCCUGAAGAUCUGGAAGCAGCAAAGGUCGUCAAGGCGUCUCACACCUUACUGGAUGAUGACGAAGACUUUGCUGCCGAUGAGGCCUCAGGAGAUCUGCCCAGUGGUGAAGAUGAAGGAAGCACACCGUGGCCUCAGACUACAGAGAGCACAAUUUAUUACAGAGCUCUCGUCAACUUCACCAACUCCCUGGUCUACAGCCCUGAACUGGAGGACAUCUUCUCUGCAGCCUUUAAUGAGAUCUCUGAAGCAGUGGUGGACACGCUGGAGUCAGACUACCACAGGAUUCCAGGUUCCCAGACGGUCAACGUGGUCCUUAUUAAGAAGGUGAUAAGAGACGACGGUGUGGACAUAUUUGUAGAACUGGACGUGGGUUCGGACAACAACAGCAACGAGGAGCAGAUCCGCAGCGUGCUCUACAACGUGGUGAAGGAGGGAGCCAUUGCGUCCUACGUCACAUCAGUCCAGGGCUUCCAGUUCAAACAGCUCGGACAAGUAACCCCCAACAUCAGGCCCUGCAUGCCCGAUGAGCACAGGUGUGGCGAUGGCACAUGUAUCCUGAUGGAAUACCUGUGUGACAAUCGACCAGACUGCAGAGACAUGAGUGAUGAGAACAACUGUGAGUUGCCGGUCCCUCGGGUCCACACCACACCUCCCACCACGACGACCACCUCCAGGAAGCCCCCUCGACCUUACAGCCCACCGGGUCCCUGUAGAGCCGACCAGGCCACGUGUCAGAGUGGAGAGUGUAUCCCACGGGACUAUAUCUGCGACGGAGAGAGGGACUGCUCAGACGGAAGCGAUGAGUACAGAUGUGGAACUCCAUCUCCAUGUGAACCCAAUGAGUUCAAGUGUAAGAACGGUCGCUGCGCUCUCAAGCUUUGGCGCUGUGACGGAGACAACGACUGUGAAGACAGCUCGGAUGAGACCGACUGCCCCACCAAAGGUCCGAGUGACAGAUGUGCUCCUGAGCAGUUUGAGUGCCUGAGCGAUCGUACCUGCAUCCCAGCCAGUUAUCAGUGCGAUGAAGAGCCCGACUGCCCCGACCGCUCGGAUGAAUAUGGCUGCACGCCUCCUACUGUGACAAGUCCACCAGAAGAGUCCAAGGAGGCGGCUCGCGGGGCGACGGUAACGUUUACCUGUCAGGCUGUUGGAGUGCCAACGCCCAUCAUUUCUUGGAGGCUGAACUGGGGACACAUCCCCACCAGCGGCAGGGUCAGUAUGAUCAGUGAGAACGGCCGCGGCACACUCACCAUCCGCGACGUGAAAGAGGCGGAUCAGGGCGCCUACACCUGCGAGGCCAUCAAUGCCAAAGGCCUGGUGUUCGGUAUCCCUGACGGAGUUCUCACCCUCAUCACCAAUACCAACCCAGGUGAUUGUCCCGACGGUCACUUCAGCGUGGACGGCCGCUGCGUGUCGUGCUUCUGCGCUGGGGUCUCCAAGAACUGCAAGAGCACCGGUCGCUACCGCAACAGAAUCACCCUGCGUUUCACCGACGAGGAGGAUUACAAAGGAGUAAAUGUAACGUAUCCAUCCAGACCAGGCACUCCUCCUCUCUCCUCCACUCAGCUCCUCAUCAACCCAGAAAUGGAGGAGUUUCAACUUGUCGACCUGUCUCGUCGUUUCCUCAACAUCGACUCCUUCUGGGUUUUGCCACGACAGUUUUUGGGUAACAAGGUCGACUCCUACGGAGGCUCUCUGAAGUACAAGGUGCGGUACACGCUGACCCGAGGUCUUUCGGACCUUGUGGAGAAGCCAGACGUGGUACUGGUCGGAAAUGGACGCAUGCUUGUGUCCCGCAGAGGCAGCACCACCUCCCCUCAAGUGGUCAACCAGAAAGACAUCAAAUUCACAGAGGACUUUUGGCAGUACUCCAAUGGUCGCAGCGUAACUAGAGAAGACCUGAUGAUGACCCUGUCUGACUUGGAGAGCAUCCGCAUCCGCACCAUAUAUGAUGACCACAUGGUCAGUGUGGCGCUCAGCGACAUCAUCAUGGAUACCACUUCGGUAGAGUUCACGACUCAGGGUCACGCUAAGGACGUUGAGGAGUGCAGAUGUCCUCCUGGAUACUCGGGCCUGUCCUGUCACUUGUGCGCUGCUGGCUUUGAACGCAAGCCCGGCCAGUUUCUGGGCACGUGCGCUGGAUGUAACUGUAAUGGACACGCCAGCGCCUGUGACCCAGUCAACGGACACUGUCUGAGCUGCCAGCACAACACAGAGGGGCCACAGUGUGAUAAGUGCCGCCCUGGAUACUUUGGUGACCCGAGUCGAGGUCGCUCAGAUGACUGCAAGCCCUGCCCCUGCCCAUACUAUGAAACUUCACGCCGGUUCUCCGACACCUGCUUCCUCGACGUUGACCAGCAGCCAACGUGUGACGCCUGCAGGCCCGGCUAUACAGGCAGACGCUGUGAAAAAUGUGCUCCUGGUUACCACGGUAACCCCCUCCUGCCCAGCGGAAAAUGCAUUCCCAACCAAAGCUCCACCUGUGAUAAGAGAGGAACCUCCAGCUCCAGCAGCCCCUGCAGCUGCAAGAACAACGUGGCAGGCGCUCUGUGCGACGAGUGCAAAGCCGGGUUCUUCCACCUAUCAGAGGCCAACCCCGAGGGUUGUCUACGCUGCUUCUGCAUGGGCGUCACCAAGCAGUGUUCCAGCUCUACUUGGAAUAGGCAUCAGUUGCAGGGAGGGGUGAACGGGCAGCUUUUCUCCCUCUCCAAUAGCGGAAACACUAGAACGAUCUCUGAUGGCAUCUCUCAGAGGGGUUUCUCUGAAGUUGUCUACCGCUCCUUCUCCAGCAUUCCCAAUGAAAUCUACUACUGGGUCCUGCCUGAGAGCUUCAGGGGAGAUAAGGUGACAGCUUACGGAGGAGAACUUCGUUACACUGUACAAUACUCACCCUCUCCCCGGUCACUGGUGAUUGAUGGCCAGCCAGAUGUGGUUAUCCAGGGCAACGGUAUCUUCCUGGAGCAUUACUCCGGGACUAAGCCUCAGCCACGUGUCCCUCACACCGUCACUGUCGUUUUCAGAGAGUCUGCAUGGCGUCGAGCCGAUGGGCAGCCAUGCACUCGUGAGCACCUCCUGAUGGCCUUGGCUGAUAUUUCUGCCUUCAUGAUCAGAGCCACCUACGCAGACAAUGUGGAUGAGAGCAGUAUCUCAGACAUCAGGAUGGACAUCGCUCUUCCUCACUCCACCGGUAAUGAACGGGCUCUUGAAGUUGAGGAGUGUGCCUGCCCCCAGGGAUACAAGGGACCUUCCUGCCAGGAGUGCGAUGAAGGAUACACUCGCACCAGCUCCGGCCUCUAUCUGGGCACUUGUGAGAGGUGUGACUGCCACGGUCAUGCCAGUAGCUGUGACCCAGAGUCGGGCAGAUGUUUGCAAUGUCUCCAUAACACGGAUGGACCAAGGUGUGAAAACUGUAAGCCUGGAUAUUAUGGAAACCCUGCAUCAGGUGGUGCACAGGCCUGCCAGCCCUGCCCCUGUCCGGGAACUGCAUCCAGCAACCAGUUUUCCCCAACCUGUUAUCUGGCCUCUGACGGUCAGCCAACCUGUGACAGCUGCCCUCAAGGAUACACAGGCCGCCGCUGCGAACGAUGUGCUGCUGGAUACACUGGGAACCCACAGCUGGGACAAAGAUGUACUGUUGGAAAUGAAGUCAAUGGUAACUGCUAUCAAUGUGACCCCAGAGGUCGAGAAUCCUGCAGUGGUCUGGAGUGUCGCUGCAAGAUGAACGUUGAAGGUCCUUCUUGCUCCAGCUGCAAGUCAGGAACCUUCCAUCUGAGCCAAGAAAACAAAGAUGGCUGCCUGUCCUGUUUCUGCAUGGGCGUCACUCAGCAGUGCUCCAGCUCCACUUACUACCGAGACCUGGUGUCGUCAGUCUUUACUCCAGGGAACUUCAAAGGAUUCGCUCUGGUGAACCGUCAGCGCUCCAACCGCCUCACCACUGGCUUCACCGUGGAGGUUUCCACUGAAGGCACUCAGUUGUCCUACAGCAACUUUGACUACCUGGGACAGGAACCUCACUUCUGGCAGCUACCAGGAGCCUACCAAGGAGAUAAGUACGCUCUGGUCUACAAGGAUUUCAGUUUGCACAAGGAUGAUCUGCUCUACUGGCAGCUCCCAGCACAGUUCACUGGGGAUAAGGUGGGCUCCUACGGUGGUAAACUCAAAUACACCAUCUCCUACGUGGCCGGAUCCAGAGGAACGCUGCUUGAAGAUGCUGACGUUCAGAUUAUUGGAAACGACAUCACUCUGGUCAAUCGUCAGCCGUGGCAAAGGAGGCAUCAAGGCAGCAGAGAGACUCAGAAGUUUGAGAUUGUUUUCAGAGAGGAAAACUGGAACCGUCCCGAUGGAAUGCCCGCGACCCGUGAACAUCUGAUGAUGGUUCUGGCCGAUCUGGACGACAUUCUCAUCAGAGCCUCUUACUCCUCUGAGAUGAGAUCCUCCAGCAUCUCUGACGUCGUCAUGGAGGUUGCUGUGCCCAACUACAGCGGCUUGGCACAGGCCCUGGAGGUGGAGCAGUGUCGCUGUCCCCCUGGAUACCAGGGUCUCUCCUGUGAGGACUGUGCCCCUGGAUACACUCGUACCGGUGGAGGUUUAUACCUGGGUCACUGUGAGCUCUGUGAAUGUAACGGCCACUCUGAGUCCUGCCACCCAGAGACAGGCAUCUGCACGAGCUGCCGGCACAACACCCAGGGUGAACUCUGUGAGCAGUGUGCCCCUGGUUUCUUCGGUGAUCCAACCGUUGGCACCCCGGAGGACUGCCAGCCGUGUGCCUGCCCUCACACUGACCCCGACAACCAGUUCUCCCCCACCUGUGAGAGCCUGGGGAAUGGAGGUUACCAGUGCACUGCCUGUCAGCCGGGCUACACCGGCCAGUACUGCGAGCGCUGCGCUCCGGGAUAUGUCGGCAACCCACAGGCGAGAGAGAAGUGUCGUCCUUAUGAUGCUGCAGCUUCACUGGUGGUGAGGAUUCACCCAGAGAGGGUCUUAUCACCCCAGGGUGGUUCUGUCACUCUGAGGUGUCAGGUGUCCGGCUCUGCACCGCACUACUUCUACUGGUCCAGACAGGAUGGACGGCCCAUAUCUAGCAGUACAUUAAGACGCAGACAGGGAGCAGAGCUGUUCUUCCCCAGUGUCCAGCCCACUGACGCCGGUGUCUACAUCUGUACCUGCCGCGAUCAGCGCAGCACCAACCGCAGUCAUGCUGAGAUUGUUGUCACAAGUUCUCCAUCCAAAGCCAUUGAGGUGACGGUUGAGGAGCCUAAGGCCCAGACGGUCAGAGUGGGGUCUACAGUCAGUUUCAUCUGUACUGCAAAGAGCAAGUCUCCUGCCUACACACUUGUCUGGACCCGGAUUGGCAACGGGAAACUUCCCAACCGGGCCAUGGACUUCAAUGGAAUCCUGACUAUUCAGAACGUCCAGCCUGAGGACGCUGGUGUCUAUGUUUGCACAGGCUCCAACAUGUUUGCUAUGGACGAGGGCAGUGCGAACCUCUACGUGCCAGAGGCGUCACAGACUCAGAUGUUUUACACAGCCUAUGAAAUGUUUGAAGGACACAGAACGUCUGGAGAAGGGGCCCAACCUGUGGCCACCGUUACUCCCCCAGCGCUCAGCGUCCAGCAAGGCCAGCGAGCAGAGUUCCGAUGCACGGUGACAGGGAAUCCGACCCCCGCGGUGGAAUGGAUCAGAGGACCAGGAAACAGGAUGAGUCCCAGGGCGGUGAUCCGAGGUGGAGUUCUGACCUUCACAGCUGUGGACCCGGCUGACCAGGGAGAAUACAUCUGCAAGGCCCUGAACACUCACGGAGAACACACAGCAAGUGUUUCCCUCCUAGUACAAAAGUCCAACCCCAGUGGCCUCGGAACUCAGCCUCAAGUCCAAGUCAGUCCCCAGAACAUCGAGGUCCAUGAAGGAGAAACUCUGCGGUUGUACUGUCGAGCAUCAGGGUCCCCCACCCCCAAGCUCACCUGGCUGAAAAACGGAGGUCAAAUCCCCCCUCAGGCCAUUCCUUCUCACGGUUUCCAUCAGUAUAAAAGCAACAGUCUCGAUGUGUUACAGAGACGUAUUGAGGAGCUGCAGGCCCACAUGGACCGCACAGAUAUAGGCACUCUCCUCAUCCCCAACAUCAAGUUGUCCGACUCGGGCACCUACAUGUGUGUCGGCAGCAACAGCAUCGGCUCCAACAGUGCUCCCAUUAAGGUCACGGUGCUCAAAGGCGGCCACAGCUCCAGUGUGGUCACCAUUCAGCCUUCUAUAGCUGAUGUCCAGGAGGGUCAGAAUCUGGAGCUCAACUGUUUUGCUCCUGGAAAUCCUCCUCCCAAGGUCAUCUGGACCAGAGUCAGUGGACACCUGUCGUCCAACCACCAGGUUCUGGGCAGCCGGCUGCUCAUCCUCUCGGCCUCUCCUGAAGACUCGGGAGAGUAUAUCUGUCGGGUGGAAGACAACACUGGACAGAUCGGAUCUCAUGUCCAUCAGGCCUCAGUGUCAGUGUCUGUGACGUCAUCAUCUUCACGUCUUCAAAGUCCAAUCAUUGCCAUCGAGCCUCACAGUACUACUGUCCGCGUGGGAGAGUCUGCCACCUUCAGGUGCAAGGUGUACAGUGGAGCACAGCCUGUUAGACUGGAGUGGAAAUUGGCCAACAGUCAGCCGUUGCCAGACAAUGUCAAAGUUAGUGCAGACGGCUCCACUAUGGUCAUCACCCGCGUCACCUCUGGUAACCACGGCACCUACCGCUGUGUAGCCAGUAACCCGUUCGGCAUCACCCACACCAUCGUGUCUUUGAUUGUCAAAGAGUCUCCCGUAGCCGUAGUGACCCCUGUUGGACCCGUGCGAGUCAGGGUGGGGGACCCCAUUAACCUGGAAUGUCAGGCGUCAGGUGAACCACGCCCCUCAGUCUCCUGGCACCGGCUGGACAACAACAGGAAGACAAUGCUGAGAAGCCCUGUGCCCAUGGACUCUAAUGCAGUCAUGCAGAUACUCGUGGCGCGGCCUGAAGACAGCGGCAUCUACGUUUGCACAUCUCGCAACACAGAGGGCGCCACUGAGACCAAGGUGGAGGUGAUUGUUGAAGGAGGACCUCAGCUCCCAUCAGUGCCCAGAGCCUCUGUCCCGGAGCCGCUGAUGAUUGUGGUGGAGGGACAGACGGCAACGCUGCGCUGCGACGCCCACGGUUUCCCUUCACCAACAAUUACCUGGUCCAAGCUGCGUUCCCCUCUGCCGUGGCGACACAAGAUAGUGGACAACAACCUGGUGCUGCCCAGUGUGGGCCGCCAAGACUCUGGAGAGUACAUCUGCAGUGCCACCAACCACAUGGGCACCACUGAUGUCACCAUCGCGCUGGAUGUAGAAACUCUUCCUUACGCCACCUCCGUGCCUGACGACGUGGCCGUGCGGGUCGGUGAGGUGAUCCGACUGCAGUGCCUGGCCCACGGCACUCCACCUUUGACCUACGUUUGGACCAAACUGGAUGGAAACAUAUCACCCAGGGCCCAGAUCAGCAGCGGGGACCUGCAGAUCGACCUGGCUACCGCCGAGGAUGCUGGGAACUACAAGUGUGUGGCCAGCAACAAAGUGGGCCACAGUGAAGUAGUGGCUAAAGUCACGGUCCGCUCUCCUCUGGCCGUGCGUGUUUCACCCCAGGUUGAGGUCAAGGCCCAGGGCAGUGCUGUGGAGUUCACCUGCUCAGCAGCAGGAGGUGUUGAUACCAAAAUUGAGUGGCUGAAAGAAGGAGGUGCCCUGCCACCAAAUCACCACGUCAAGGACGGCGUCCUCAGAAUUGAGAACCUUGAGCAGAGCAACGAGGGCGUUUACAUCUGCAGAGCCAGCAGUGUUUAUGGUCAGGCCCAGGACACGGCCAGGCUGACCAUCCAAGCCCUGCCAAAGGUCAUGAUCAACGUGCGAACAUCGGUGCAGACCGUCAUGAUCGGGAACUCCGUGGAGUUUGAAUGCCAGGCUAUCGGUGACCCCGAGCCCACAGUCCAGUGGAGUAAAGUGGGCGGGACUUUGCCGGCUCACAUCAUGGUGAAGGGCGGCAUGCUGAGGAUCCAGCAGGUGACGGAGGCCGACGCGGGCCAGUACCGCUGCACUGCCACAAACAACGUGGGCUCGGUACAGUCCCAGGUGGUGCUCCACGUGCAGUCUCUUCCUCAGAUCGCUGCACUUCCGGAAACAAAAGAGGUCACUGUGGGAUCGGAUGCAGUUUUCCCCUGUGUGGCCUCGGGGUAUCCUGUACCUGAGAUCAAAUGGUCCAAGCUGGACACUGAGCUUCCGUCCAAGUGUUUCCAGCAGGACAAUAUCUUGACGGUUCCUAAGGUGACGCACGAGGACACCGGGACCUACGUCUGCACCGCUUCAAACAAACAGGGCAAAGUGGAGGCGUUUACCUCACUCAAAGUUCAUGAGCGAGUGAUGCCGUACUUUGCACAGGAACCGUUGUCAUAUCUCACGCUGCCCACCAUCAAAAACGCCUACAAGUCCUUCAGCAUCAAGAUCAACUUUAGACCUGAUAAUGUUGACGGUCUGAUAUUGUACGCUGGUAUGAUCCUCUUCAAUGGCCAGAGGAAAAGCACAGGCGCUGACUUUGUCUCCCUGGGACUUGUAGGCGGUCGCCUAGAGUUCAGGUUUGACGUUGGCUCUGGCAUGGCCACCAUACGAGACCCCAACCCUGUCAAACUGGGAGAGUUCCACACUGUUGAGCUGUAUCGUAACCACACCCUGGGAUAUAUCAGCGUAGAUGGAGGAGAACCCAUUAAUGGUAGCUCACAGGGCAAGUUCCAGGGCUUGGAUCUGAACGAGGAGCUGCAUGUUGGUGGUUACCCCAACUACACACAGAUUUCCAAAACUGCCGGCAUUAAGUCUGGAUUUGUUGGUUGUAUCCGUUCACUGGUGAUCCAAGGGGAGGAGGUCAUCUUCAAAGACCUUGACCGCAGUUCUACAGGUGUCACCAACUGUCCCACGUGUAAAGAUCAUCCAUGUCAGAAUGGUGGAAGGUGUGAGGAUUCAGACGCUAGCUUAUAUAAGUGCGCAUGCCCCAGAGGAUUCACUGGGAGCAACUGUCAACAUCACUCAUCACUGCACUGUCACUCAGAGGCAUGUGGACCAGAUGCCACCUGCGUCAAUCGCCCCAGUGGACUGGGGUAUGACUGUCGCUGCCAUCUUGGCAAGUAUGGAAACAAAUGCAUGCAAGGAGAACUAGUGACCACUCCGAUGUUUGACGGAGAACAGUCGUUCAUAGCUUAUCCUCCGCUCACAAACAUCCACGACGACCUUCGCGUCGAGUUGGAGUUCAAACCUCUGGACAGAGACGGACUGAUGUUCUUCUGUGGUGGGAAGAAAAUGAAGGUGGAGGACUUUGUAGCCAUCUCUAUGGUGGAGGGACACAUAGAGUUCAGAUAUGAGCUGGGCACAGGCCAAGCGAUCCUCCGCAGUCCUGAGCCCGUGUCUCUGGGCCAGUGGCACCGAGCUGUGGCAGAGCGGAACAAAAAGGCCGGCUACCUGAGAGUGGACCAGGGCCAAGUGGAGAGCAAGGAGUCACCGGGCAAAGCCCAGGGCCUCAACAUUCACACGUCCAUGUUUUUGGGUGGAGUCCCCAAAAUGGAAAUCCUGCCCAAACCUGCCAACGUCAGCAGCAUGUUUGGGGGAUGUAUCGGAGAGGUCUCCAUCAACAACAAGAAGGUGGAUCUGUCCUACAGCUUCACAGAGAGCAGGUCGAUCCACAAGUGUUUGGACAACAGCCCAUGUGACCGCCGGCCGUGUCUGAACGGAGGUCACUGUAUGUCCAACGCAGAGUAUGAGUACCAGUGCCUGUGUAAAGAUGGGUUUGAAGGUGAGCGCUGUGAAAUCGUCAAAGACGUUUGUCAGAGCGACCAGGAGUGCCAGAACGGAGGCAGCUGCGUGAAUGGUCAGUGUACGUGUACACCCGGCUACACCGGCCUCAACUGUGAGCAGAGCCAGGUCUCCAGUUUCCCCGCCGCCCUGCGGAAUGUAGACGCUAGCGAGGCGAAUGAUUCGCCGUACCAAUAUGCAGCUCACUUCAACAGUGACGGAUACAUCGCUCUGCCUAAGUCCAUUUUCCCCAGAAGCGGACACAACAUACCAGAGACCAUUGAACUGGAAAUCAACACCGUCUCCUCUGACGGUCUGAUCCUGUGGCAGGGUGUGGAGACCAGUGGUGCACGUAUUGUGCGAAAGAUGCAUGCUAAUCUAAAGGAACCCGGAGAAAACGGCAAAGGACAGGACUUCAUCAGCCUUGGUUUGAGGGACGGUCGUCUAGUGUUCAGUUACCAGCUUGGCAGUGGAGAGGCAGAGAUUCGCUCCCACAGAAUCAACGACGGGAAAUGGCACAAGAUCACUGCAGUCAGAGUGGGUAAAGAGGGAUACAUCACUGUUGACGGAGGAUAUCCCAUCCAUGGACAGUCCAGGGGCAAGAGCCUCAUGGUGAACACCAAAGGCAGUAUAUACCUGGGUGGCACUCCAGACAUGACUGCCAUGACGGCAGGAAAGUUCUCAUCAGGAAUCAGCGGAUGCGUGAGGAACCUGAUAUUGAUGAACGCUGAGCCAGGACAGCGGCCAGCUCAGGCCAUCGACCUGCAGGCGUACGCGUCACACGGCAUCAACGUGCAGCCGUGUUCUUCAUAGACGACGACGCAACUCACACAUACAAACACAGAUACACACAGAGACUUUGGAGUGAUGUCUCACACACACACACACACAGCAGACUCACACAGAGCCUGAAAUCAUUGGAGCUUUGCUGCUACCAAAAAAAAAAAAAAUCAAGAUGACACCACUCUGUGUGCAGUAAAAACCAAAAAGUGAGACGAAAAAAAUUGGAGCAUUAUUUACAGGUUUUCUCUUACUCAGUGUCGUAUUCUGGAUGAAGGACUUUUAACACAGGAGAACCAGCACAGUUUACAUACUUCCAGCAGUAGUUUUAGCCAUGAGAAGAGUAAGAGUGAAACAUUUUAGGCCUUUCUAUGAUGGGUCAGAUCCUAUGGAGUUGGAGAUGUUUUUACAGCACUGAAUUUUUAUUUAUAUACAUAUGAAAAUAUAUUAUAUUUGUGGGGAAAACAUGCAAAGUAACCAUAACUGCUCUUCAACCUAGUUCCAUCUGGGUUCUAAUACUGUGUGCCCCGGGCUUUUUUGUAGGCCUAACUGUAUUAAUACUUGAAGACAUUUAGGCCUUUCUUUAUUCACUUCUGUAGCACAAACUUUUUACUUCCUCUAGAGGCAUGCUCACCACGUUUCGGAAGAAGGGCGCACGCUGUCACAGUCAGCGUCUCUGCACGAUUCAGGUUGUCCAAGUAGACAGUGUCGAUAACUGCAAAAGUUAGUCCUGCUGCUUUCACCAGGUACAUUUACUCAUUCACACUGCUGUGUUUUCCUUGUCUGUGUAUGUUUGUUCUUUUUAAUGAAACAGAAAAAAAACUUUGGUGCUAAUGUCGGACAUGAAGAUACAGGACGUAGUCAUAAAGCCUGGCUGUCAUAAAGCGGGAAGGGAUUGUAUGUUGUGUGUUUCUGAACAAAUUUAGGAAAACAACUGUUAAAAUGCUUGCCAGGAGGGGGGGUUGUUGUUAGACAUUUUUGAAAUAAACUCUUAAUGUGGUCUUUUUGAAGAGUGUGAUCACUGAAUGACGUUUCAUAUGCCGAUGGAUGAAAUCUUAAACAGCAAGUGUAUAUGUUCACUAGAUCUGUUUGGUUUGUACCAGUUUAGUCAACUACCCCAAUUCCUGCACUUCAGAUCAGCAUUACUCAAACUGUGGGUUGUGACCCGAAAGUUAAUAUUUUAAAGCUUCAUUACAUCCAUAAUAAAUGUAUCUGGAGUCUGCCAACAGUUAGAUAACAUUGUGAAAUAUGACGUCAUUGUGGAAAAGCAGUGGACAACUUUUGCAUGUGCUGUGACCAGUGGUGUUGCUCUGAUGAAGCAUGCUGCCCCGUCUGUAUCUGAUCACACCAAACAAACAAAAUAGCCACAAAACCUUUUUUUUUGUCUUUUUUUAAAAAAACAAAACAUUUGUAUGAUUAUCCUAAAAAAAGAGCACUAUCCCUUUACUUAGAGUUGCCUCGUUUUUAUUUAUUUUUUGUUUUUGUUCUCUUUUUUUCUGUUCAUUAGUCUUGUUCUCCUUUUUUGUUUUUAAUUCAGAUGUUUUAACAAAAGUUUCCUGUUUUCCUCUGCCUGGUUAUGGUGUAUUUCCUCCCACAGCCCCUGACUAUGAGCUAUGGCAGUCAUCCCACGAAGGGUUAAUGUGUCACGUCUGAGCUGAGCUUGAAAACAAGAAGAACGUCAGUAGUUCCUCACUUUCAAAGAAAAGUCUUAGGAAUCAGUGGCUUGUUUCAUUGUACAAAACGCAGUGUCAUCGCUGCUAUGCCGCGGACUAAAAAGAGCGAGAACCAUCAUCCACGAUGAAACAGUGCCAUAUGUUGGGCCACCUUCUACCAAAACUGGAUUUUCAUGGACCUACAGUAUAAACACUGAUGCAAAGUUGAUGAAAAACCUCUUCUGUAGAUGUUUGUUUUUGCACCAUUUGAGAAUAACGACAGUGCACGUUUAGGUGUGAUGGCAUUUAUUUUUCUUAUUUAGGUCAAAACUUAACAACACAGGAAGUAAAUUGUAAAAGAUUGAAAAUGAUUGUCCCGAUGAACUGACUGUUGCAUUUUCACUGUUGAAAACACACUCCCCGUGCCCCUGCUGUUUCUUAAAUAAAAAGAAAAUUCAUGUGCUAUUUUUAA